GUAGAGAAUGACCGCGCCCUACACCACCACCCAUGAUCCCAUCCCGUUAUCACGAAGACAAUGUCACAACCCACCGGGGCGGAUGACCCGCUGAGCUCUGACUCGCUGGCGGGCGUAAGAGGGGGUGCUGACUGGGUAAUCUAUCGUGUCGCCGCGGCGGGCGGCGGCAGGAGAACGAGGAAGAAAAGCCGCCGCGAGCGUGGUGUGACCAGGCUCAGUAUCAGCAAGUAGGUGGUGCAGUCUCUGUUCUUUAUUUGCAUCCAACAGUGGCACAGACGCCGAGCUGAGCCGAAGAUAAGACUGAGGCCGGCAAUGAGAUGAUGAUGACGAAGAGGGAUGGGGAUGUCGUAGGCGGGCGACGAAGACGACUGGGUAGUCGAUUCCGAUGCCGUGGAUUAAGUGUCGCGCCAGCCCAUCACGCCUCGACACUGCCCAAUGCCCUGCAGCGACGAUGGGGUAUCGUCGGGUAGGCGACUGCACGAGGCUUGGCGAUUCCCUGUCUGCAGAGGCUGCGUCAUGGUGGACUGCCGUCCCAGCACUCCGGGACUGUCAAGCCCAGGCUACGCCCUUAUCCAUCUGCUCCCGACCAGACGGUCCAAUCCUGUCGUCGAGCUGUGGUGUGCCGGGUGCGCCGGGCUUCGCGCGCGCUGGCCCUCAGAGUCAAAUCAAGAUUCGAGAUCAGGCUUCGGCUCGGCUGUGGUGGUCGUCAAGCCUUGUCAGGCAUGCAUGGGCAUGGGCAUGGCAUGGCAGCAGCACUGCGAACGAAAACGACGCAACAAGGGAAGCGAUAGGCCGAUCUCUCGUUGCCCAUCCCCAUCCCAUCCACUCCCACAUCCACAUCCCGUCCCCAUCAGCAGCAGCAAGUGCGCAUAUUCCUUCACCGCUUGACCGCUGUCUGUCGUCCCAAUGCUCCCACUGCCGCCUGCGCAUGCUACUAAGUCAGGAUACCAGUACCGACCAGGGAAGGUUAGGUAGGGAGUCUACAUACUUCUCUACUUCUCUACUUCUUGGCUAGGGACACGCCGCUGGAUUCCUCGGCACGCCCGCCAGGCUCCACCACUCAGCUUCGUUUCCGAACGCUACCAAUGAGGGGUGGCCUUGACAUGACCGGCUGACUCGGUGACGAUGACCAUUUUAGGAUGAUUAUUCUUUUUUCUUCUUCUCUCUGUUUGGUCGGGCGUGUCUGUUUGACGAUUUCCUAGCGCCAUGCGCCCUCAUGGUGUAAGGAGACGGGACU